AUGACGGUUGUAUCGUGGGAGUCAGUAGUGUUAACCCUAGUAUCCAAAGUCAAUGGUACAACGUUACAGACAGCCAGCGGAGGAGUCUCCUCAGUACCGACGACGGUUGUAUCGUGGGAGUCAGUAGUGUUAACCCUAGUAUCCAAAGUCAAUGGUACAACACUUCAGACAGCCAGCGGAGAAGUCUCCUCAGUACCGACGACGGUUGUUUCGUGGGAGCCAGUAGUGUUAACCCUAGUAUCCAAAGUCAAUGAUACAACGCUUCAGACAGCCAGCGGAGGAGUCUCCUCAGUACCGACGACGGUUGUAUCGUGGGAGUCAGUAGUGUUAACCCUAGUAUCCAAAGUCAAUGGUACAACACUUCAGACAGCCAGCGGAGAAGUCUCCUCAGUACCGACGACGGUUGUAUCGUGGGAGCCAGUAGUGUUAACCCUAGUAUCCAAAGUCAAUGGUACAACGCUUCAGACAGCCAGCGGAGAAGUCUCCUCAGUACCGACGACGGUUGUUUCGUGGGAGCCAGUAGUGUUAACCCUAGUAUCCAAAGUCAAUGAUACAACGCUUCAGACAGCCAGCGGAGGAGUCUCCUCAGUACCGACGACGGUUGUAUCGUGGGAGCCAGUAGUGUUAACCCUAGUAUCCAAAGUCAAUGGUACAACACUUCAGACAGCCAGCGGAGGAGUCUCCUCAGUACCGACGACGGUUGUAUCGUGGGAGUCAGUAGUGUUAACCCUAGUAUCCAAAGUCAAUGGUACAACGCUUCAGACAGCCAGCGGAGAAGUCUCCACAGUACCGACGACGGUUGUAUCGUGGGAGUCAGUAGCGUUAACCCUAGUAUCCAAAGUCAAUGGUACAACACUUCAGACAGCCAGCGGAGGAGUCUCCUCAGUACCGACGACGGUUGUAUCGUGGGAGCCAGUAGUGUUAACCCUAGUAUCCAAAGUCAAUGGUACAACGCUUCAGACAGCCAGCGGAGAAGUCUCCUCAGUACCGACGACGGUUGUAUCGUGGGAGCCAGUAGUGUUAACCCUAGUAUCCAAAGUCAAUGGUACAACACUUCAGACAGCCAGCGGAGGAGUCUCCUCAGUACCGACGACGGUUGUAUCGUGGGAGCCAGUAGUGUUAACCCUAGUAUCCAAAGUCAAUGGUACAACACUUCAGACAGCCAGCGGAGGAGUCUCCUCAGUACCGACGACGGUUGUAUCGUGGGAGUCAGUAGUGUUAACCCUAGUAUCCAAAGUCAAUGGUACAACGCUUCAGACAGCCAGCGGAGAAGUCUCCACAGUACCGAUGACGGUUGUAUCGUGGGAGUCAGUAGCGUUAACCCUAGUAUCCAAAGUCAAUGGUACAACACUUCAGACAGCCAGCGGAGGAGUCUCCUCAGUACCGACGACGGUUGUAUCGUGGGAGCCAGUAGUGUUAACCCUAGUAUCCAAAGUCAAUGGUACAACGCUUCAGACAGCCAGCGGAGAAGUCUCCUCAGUACCGACGACGGUUGUAUCGUGGGAGCCAGUAGUGUUAACCCUAGUAUCCAAAGUCAAUGGUACAACACUUCAGACAGCCAGCGGAGGAGUCUCCUCAGUACCGACAACGGUUGUAUCGUGGGAGCCAGUAGUGUUAACCCUAGUAUCCAAAGUCAAUGGUACAACGCUUCAGACAGCCAGCGGAGAAGUCUCCUCAGUACCGACGACGGUUGUAUCGUGGGAGUCAGUAGUGUUAACCCUAGUAUCCAAAGUCAAUGGUACAACACUUCAGACAGCCAGCGGAGAAGUCUCCUCAGUACCGACGACGGUUGUAUCGUGGGAGCCAGUAGUGUUAACCCUAGUAUCCAAAGUCAAUGGUACAACGCUUCAGACAGCCAGCGGAGGAGUCUCCUCAGUACCGACGACGGUUGUUUCGUGGGAGUCAGUAGUGUUAACCCUAGUAUCCAAAGUCAAUGGUACAACGCUUCAGACAGCCAGCGGAGGAGUCUCCUCAGUACCGACGACGGUUGUAUCGUGGGAGUCAGUAGUGUUAACCCUAGUAUCCAAAGUCAAUGGUACAACACUUCAGACAGCAAGCGGAGAAGUCUCCUCAGUACCGACGACGGUUGUAUCGUGGGAGUCAGUAGUGUUUACCCUAGUAUCCAAAGUCAAUGGUACAACGUUUCAGACAGCCAGCGGAGGAGUCUCUUCAGUACCGUCGACGGUUGUAUCGUGGGAGUCAGUAGUGUUUACCCUAGUAUCCAAAGUCAAUGGUACAACGUUUCAGACAGCCAGCGGAGGAGUCUCCUCAGUACCGUCGAUGGUUGUAUCGUGGGAGUCAGUAGUGUUUACCCUAGUAUCCAAAGUCAAUGGUACAACGUUUCAGACAGCCAGCGGAGGAGUCUCUUCAGUACCGUCGACGGUUGUAUCGUGGGAGUCAGUAACGGUACCGAUCACUCCUCCAGCUUCUCGUCUCUUUGUUACUGUUCAUUGUCCGACUCCGGCCUCAUUCCAGCCGACUGGGUUGCCUACAACCAUGCUACAACCGAUAGCUUUCUGGAGCGUUAAAACCACGGUUUAA